AUGGAUAAUGUUGAGAGUAUAAUUACAGAAAUCUUCAAAAAUGAGAUUUAAAUUAAAAGAUUUAAAAAAGGUAAUUAAAUCUAAUAUCAUAGAACUUUAAUCAAUUGAAUAAUUAAAGAAAGAAGAUUUUAAGAUAACAUUAAAAGCAUUAAGCCCAAAUUUAUAAAUUAUUGUAAUAUAUUUAAUAAAGUAGAUCGAAAUGCCUCCAAUAGAUUAACUUAAUUAAUAAAAACCCAUAAUAUUUGCUUUAUAUUUAGAUAAUAGAUUUCCAUUUGUCUUUCCAAAAGUGCAUAUAUUAAGCUAAGUAAAAUUAAUAUAAAUCAAAGUUCACAAAACCAACAUUGUCUGAUGGUCGAGACUAUUUAGAAAAUAUUAUAUAAGGACCCUGGAGUCCGUAAAUCUUGCUUUAUGAAAUAAUUACAAUGUUUCCCAAAUUUUUAGUAAUGUUAAUUAUUUUUAUUCAAGGAAACAAUUAAAAAUAAUUAAAAUGACAAAGAUUAUCUUCUAUAAUUAGGUAAAUACUAUGAGAAUUAAGAAUUUGAUAUAAGAAUUGGUUUAGAAAAUGUUGAAUAUUUGCAAUGUAAAUAAAUAAUUAAUGGAAAAUAAUUUCCAAGAACAUUAUUAAUUAGUGAUAGUCACAUUCUAUAUUUUGAAUUUUAGAGUAAAGAAUUAAUGUUAUUAAAUUAUUAAUGUAUGAAAAACCUACAAUACAUUCAGAGAGUUUAAAAAAAUUUAAUAUUAAAUUGGUAAAUAAAUGAUGGUAGUUUAAUUCCUUAAACUUUAACUUCAGCUAAUUUUAAUUAGCUUUAUAAUUCUAUUAAUUCAUAUAAAUUAUGCUAAAUUGGAAAGAAAUUUAAUUAAGAUGAUGUGACAUUACAAAAAUUUGAAACCAUUAAAAUUAAUGAACUCUUGCAAUAAUUGAGUUUAAAUGAAGUAGAGUUGUCAAAGAAUCUGAAUAAAAUAUCUUUAAAUAACUUAAUGAAUUCAUAUUAAUAAGUAAUUAAAAUGAUAAAUUUAAGGCUAUUGAAUAUUAUUCAGUAUAUUCAGAUGAAGACUACAAAUAAUAUGUUACUCGUCUUUAAACUUUGCUUGGUAGAGAGGAUGUAUAAACUAUCUUAGCUAGUCCUGUUAAAUGA